AUGAUGAAGAAAGACAAAGAGCAACCCAAAAAUGAAUCCCACAAUGUUGCGUUACCAGAAGCAAAUGAACUUGUCAAUGCUGACGAUGAUGGCUUCUUGAAAUGGAUACAUAUGAGCCUAUUGUCCACUAGAAACAAGGCAUUUGCCAAAUUUAUUGCCAAGAUCAUUGAAUUGAAUGCACAGUUUCCCGAUUAUCCUAUUAAAUCUGUAAGAAUGGAUAAUGCUAGUGAGUUCACGUCGUCGGCCUUUGAUGACUAUUAUAUGGCAUUAGGCAUUAAACCAAAUGGUUUACCUGAAUCAUUGAUCAAGCAUCUCCCUAAAGGAAUUUUUGUACACCAGUUUAAAUAUGUAACAAAAUUAUUAGAAAGAUUUUACAUGGAUAAGUCUCAUCCACUUAGUACUCCAAUGGUGGUCACAUCCCUAGAAGUGGAUAAAGACGCAUAUAGACCAAAAGAAGAUGACGAGGAUAUUUUGGGACCAGAAGUCUCUUACCUAAGUGCUAUCGGGGCACUUUUCUACCUUGCCAACUGCACUAGGCUCGAUAUUGCCUUUUUAGUAAACCUAUUGGCUCGAUUUAGUGCUACUCCAACCAGAAGACAUUGGAAUGACGUAAAACAUAUCCUCAUAGAUCUUCAAGGCACUAAAGAUCUUGGUCUUUUCUUUGAGAAAAACUAA